AAUUUCCUCACAUUGUUCAAGUACCAACAUUUGUUUUAUUGCAAAAGUUUGUACUUUUUGUUCCUCCUAUCUAUAUAACUUUCUCUUCAUCAAUAAACACACACUACAUCAGCAUUCAGCAGUACUUUCUCUUCCAUGGCAUAUUAAGGUAAAUGAAGAUUUCGACUUUGAAUUAGAUCUCUCUUGGGUUGGUUUCACUUCAUUAGAGAUUGUUGUCAAGUAGUCAUUAUAUAUGGAAAAUCUUAGAUGGGAUGAUGACUCCGAAUUUGUUGCCAACAUACCAAUCUUGUGGAACACUCAACCACAAGAUCUUGAAAGAGACUAUUCAAUGUCCAAUCAAACUUCAAGUGUUCUUAGUUAUCAAAUGCAAGAGACGCAGAAGGUUCAAUCAGAAGCUGGAACCAGUUGGGAAGAAUCUCUAAUAUUUCAAUCAUACCCUUCACUUUCAGUCAAUAUCAACACACCUAACAAUUAUGUGCCAGAUUUCAACAUGGUCCACCAACAAAACAGCAAGAGUACUACUACCUGCUCUCUUGAAUCAUCACUUGAUUGUUUGUUUUCAGCCACUACUAAUAGUAACACCGACACGAAUUCUGUUCAAGAUGAUGGAAUUUCCAUGAUUUUUUCUGACUGCAAAAACAGAAACUUAUGGAACUUCAGUGCGGUUUCUUCUGCGGAAUCUGAGAGUACUAAUGCAUCCAUUAGUGCUAGACGAAACAAAGACUUGCAGUAUCCAUUCAAGGAACUAGAUCAUGAAAUAGUGUCUCAAACUUCCUCAGAUCAAGGUAAAAUCAUUGAUAACUCCAAGGUAUAUUCGACAAAAAGGACUAGUAUUGAUCGGUAUGAUCCUUACUUCAGUAUUACUACUACUCAGAAUUCUUCUUCUGCUUCUACUGAAUUUGGUUUCAAGCUUAUCUCAGAGAAACCACCGAAAUCGAAGAAACCAAGAUGGGAUGAUGAUAAUAACAAGUGUCCCAGUUCAUCAAAUAUCAAUUUCCAGCAACCGAAUUCAUCGCUUUCAUUGUCGAAUUCAUCGAUUCACGAAGAGCCUGAUCCAGAAGCUAUAGCACAAAUGAAGGAAAUGAUAUAUAGAGCUGCAGCAUUUAGGCCAGUCAUGAAUUUGGGUUUGGAAGUGAUGGAAAAGCCUAAAAGAAAGAAUGUUAAGAUAUCUAAAGAUCCACAAACUGUGGCUGCAAGACAAAGAAGGGAGAGAAUAAGCGAAAGGAUUAGGGUUUUGCAGAAGAUUGUUCCUGGUGGAACCAAGAUGGACACUGCAUCAAUGCUUGAUGAAGCUGCAAAUUACCUCAAGUUCCUUAGAUCACAAGUCAAAGCAUUAGAGAAUCUAGGAAACAAGAUUGAUACAAUGAAUAAUUGUCCUCCUUCAAGCAUAGCCUUCUCCUUCAACCCUUCAAUUCCCAUGCAAAACCCUAAUGACCACAUCCAAUAUUCCUAAGGUCGAAAUCAUUAUCAUCAAAACUACUGUAAAAAGUUGAAAUAGCGACGAAAAUUUAGAGAUGGAAAAAUGCAAGACGUUAAAAUCGUUACCAUUUUUUUUACCUUUUCUAUCUUUAAAUUUCGUCGUUAUUUCAACUCUUAUCAGUAGAUAUCAUUGAAGGAAAGAUGUAAAAAGGUCAAAGAACUCAAUAGCCUCUAAUUAUUUCAUCCAAUGACAAUGAUUAAUGUAUCAUCAUGUUCUAGUUAAAGUUUCAAUUUUGUUCACUGUCUAUGAUCAUGUAACUUUCUUGUUUAGUGAAAUAUGUUUGAAAUUCUGAUCAA